CAUGUCACUGCUGCCAGUGUCACCAAAUAAUGACAUCAAAACCUUAAAAAACGACAAUCAGAGACAAGUCUUGUCUCUGCGACAAUGUUAUUUUCCCUAAUCUUCAAGUCCUUGUCGACUAUUAGCAGCAGGUUGUUUCGAACAACUUGGUAUAAAAAUAAGUAGCAGUGUGACAGAAAUCAGAGCUGUUCAAGGAAAAACUGCCCAGGUCAUCAUGAGCGCAGACUUGGAUGAUUUUGAGCGCGAGCUCAUGCAGUAUUCCGAACUGGGGCCCAUUCCGGAAAUACUGGCUCCUCCCCCAAUAACUAUCCAAAGAUAUCAACAAAUUAUCAGGGAGAACAACGCCGCUAGUAUAUUUGAUGCUGACUACAGCUGUCCAGAAACUACAGCGUAUACAGCUACUAGCCCAGCUACUAGCGAAGACGAAGAAAACAAUCCGGAGGCGAUUCUCUACAGAAAUGAACAGCAUGUGACUCGCGUUACUUCAGGCCGAGGACGAGGAGGCCGAAAUAUAUUUCAUCCACCUGGACAUCAAGUUGGGUUGUCGGAAGAUGACCUGGAACUGAUUCGAGAUAUUAGAAAGGUAGCACCACUAGGAUACGCAAAUGAAAUUACGGAAAAUGCAAUACGCGCCCACCAGAGAGCCAAACGACUGGAGCGUGCAAUGGAAGAGAUUAAAAUAGCUGAAAAUAGUGGUAAGGCCCAACCAGAUGUAAAAUCUGAUACAGAAUCGGUAGCAAAUACUUCAGCUUCAUCGCCUUCAAGAAAACAGAUCGAUGAGUUUGAGGAUUGUAUAAAGCAGGAAACACCAUCUCCUUCAAAACCAGGUCUAAAGACGGAAAGUCAACACGUUUCAGUAGAUGAGCCAGCACCUGUGCCGAUCAGCACGCUACUUAAACAGUGCAGGGAAAGACACAAGCAGAAACAGCACCGAUUGGUACGGGAAAAUGAGGCAAGUUCCGGUAAAGAUGAAGCUGCCUUGUGCAAUAGCGUGCCAGCGGGAAGUCAAAAGACUCCCAAGAAAAAGUCGUCUAAUAGACCAGACGGAGAAAAUAGCAAGUAUGAAAAUUUGCCGUGGAGGCAAAGAACUAAUUCGCCGCCUCGGUUUCCUUGGAGCGGUAAGAAAUCAAAUUGUCAACGAUUGAGCUUGAAGUCGUUGCAAGAUUUUCCACCUUUACCUUAGUUGAUUUGACAACUUAAAUAUCCAAUCUAAAAUUAUUAUUUUCGAAGCUGCCUCCUUUUGGGAGCGCGCACCUUAGUAAUUGUUUGUACAUUGUCUAUUAUUAUACAGACAAAUCCAUGCUGAUUAAGACAGAAUGACGCUGGGUGGAAACACCUUUGAAAGUGGUUAAUAAUUAAACAGUUUUUAUUAAGAAAAUACAAGAAAAACAUUUUAAUUACUGAACCUUCGUUGGGGUUUUUACCGAUUACAGAGCUCAGAAUUACAAAAAAACCUACAUAUUUGCCAUUUAUUUAAGUUAAGGCAACUGCUAAUCAGUGAGUAGUUUAUCUGGAAGCUGAAUUGUGUUUGUUUACGGUUGUUUCCAAGUUGAAAGUAGACAGUGAAAAAUGAACAUUAAGCUUUUCGCUUACAUAAAACUGCCUGUCCAUCUCUCAAGUCUGAAUGCCAAAGAAACGUGCGUGUUAUUGCAAUGGAAUGCGCCUUAACGGCAAUCAUUCCACCUAAGACUUUCCAUUGCAACUACAGCCCAUUCUAAUGGUUAAUGUGCGUCAAAGAAGGGUUUUGUUGGACGUGCCCCAUACUUCUAUAAUGUGGAUGAUCGUGAGACCAAUGAAAUAAUUGUUUCGGCUUUUAAGAGUUAUGUGAUUCUUUUGAACGUUGUAGAGAAUAUAUUUUUUUUAAUUGGAAAUCAAGGAAAUGUUUAUCCUGAUCAUUAGAGACAAGCCAAAAACUAAGUUGUAGAUAA